AUGGAAUCUGAGAGGGAAAGUUUUGACCUCUCAGGACCUUUGCAUCUAACUCAUGUCGUAUGGGAUAAAGCGCAUCAUCGAACGUCAGUCGCUGCUAGUUUGGUCCAAGGUGUGUACAUUCUAGAAAGGGACAGGCAAGAAAAACGUGAAGGUCCAAAUGCCCUUGCACCACCUUGGUGGACAUUCUUUCAGUUUCAGCUGCUCCGUCAACUUGUAGACGAUGUUGAUUCUUCCAUCUUUGGUGCAAUAUAUGAGUUCAGGCCCUCAUCAUCUCAGUAUAAUGACACUUUAUAUAAAAGUCCACGGUAUGUGAUUGCCUUUAGAGGAACUCUAACCAAAUCACACUCAGUUUCACGUGAUAUCGAGUUGGAUAUCCACUUGAUCAAACAUGGGCUUCAUCAAACUUCUCGCUCUGAAAUAGCUAUAAAGGCUGUUCGAAACAUGGUAGCAACUGUAGGUGAUUCAAAUGUUUGGUUGGCUGGACACUCCCUAGGAUCAGCAAUGGCGAUGCUCACUGGAAAAACAAUGGCCAAGAAUGGCAUGUUUAUUGAAUCUUUUCUUUUCAACCCGCCAUUUGUAUCUGCUCCAAUUGAGAGAAUUAAGGAUGAGAGGGUGAAACAUGGGAUUCGAUUUGCGGGCAGUGUGAUAACUGCUGGACUCACCAUUGCUAUGCAAGCCAAGAAGCCCAAAGAUUUAUCUAUUGAUCCAUUUGCUGCUUUGACUGCUUGGGUUCCAGGUUUGUUUGUGAAUCCAUCUGAUCAUAUCUGCUCAGAGUAUAUUGGGUACUUUGAACAUAGAAGAAGAAUGGAAGAGAUUGGAGCAGGAGGCAUUGAAAGGUUGGCAACUCAAAAUUCACUUGGUGGCCUAUUGAUGAGUGCAUUUGGGAAGGAAUCUGAGCCCCUCCACCUCAUUCCUUCAGCUUCGCUCACAGUAAACAUUACUCCUUCGCGUGAUUUUAAAGAAGCUCACGGGAUUCACCAGUGGUGGAAAGCUGACUUGCAGGUAGAACACAAGCUCUACAAUUACAAGUAG